UGGGUCCGAGCACCAUGGCCCACUCCGAUGACAAUGUUCACCUCACUGGCUCGCAGUGGGGAAUCCCGCAGCCUCAACCCCAACCGAGUACCUCUCUGCCAUCGGGGCAAUAUGGCGGGGCAAGUAAUCCCGAGAUCUUUGGUAACCAAUCCCCCGGGCAGCCACUGGGACAAGGGUUGCAAGCUACUGGGCUACGAGACGAUGAGGGCAUAUGGAGAUCGAAUGAAAGGACUGGCCAAGCCGGCUUAGAUCCUGAGAGCCGAAGACUAAUUGCAAAUGAGGAAGUGCCGAGUUUAAAGGAACAAGAGGAGCAACGGCGUAUCGACAGCAGGAACAUCGAGAUUCAAGUCUGGAGAUCACAUGCAGGCCAGAGUGAUGAGAACCUCGGUCAAUCCUCGAAUACUCGAAGAAUUGAUCCUGAGGAGGGCAAUCAUCUCCCACCGCUAGAUGAUGCCGCAAGCAUACAUGAGAAUAGGUUUAUCGAUGGUCAAGUCUAUUUCAACGACAAGAAUACCACCCUAACUGAGGACGACAAGCUAUUGAUGAGCCAGCCACGCCAUUGGAAUGACGCUCCAUCAUUACCCUACUCGACGACAGCGGCUCUUCAGCCUCCGACCUCGAAUGAAGCCAUAAGUAAAUGGAGGGCCAAUGCGGAUGCACUCUCAAUGUCCUCGCGAGUGGCGACCUGGGGAACACGUCGCCGCAGCGAGCCCAGUUUGGCGGAUAUGGAAUCUAUCGCGGAUGGUAGCUUCCUCAAAAAGCUGUCCAUUAAGCCCAAAGAGACAGAACGCCCUGGAUCUAACAGUAUUUUUGACCAAGGCCUUGAUCGAAUAGCUAAUAUGGUUCGCAAUAGAAGUGGUAGCACCAUCCACAAACGCGGGAGGAGUGCCCAAAAUAUUGGAGAGGCCCAGUAUAACAGUCCAGGAAACCUGGCUGCGGUGCCGCCGCCAAGAUCCCCCAAAUUUGGCCGAAGGUCUACCCCAAGCAUUAACACCGCGGUGGCAAGGAUGGCAGGCCCACUGGCUGCAGUCGGGACAACACAUGUCCAUAGUGGUUCCGUCAGCGCUACCCAAGCUUCACCUAAGAGUCCAACUCCCUUUGGCUUUGCAAGGUCUAUGAUUAAUCGCGCUAGGAGCCGGAGUGAGCUCUCGCAGCAGGAAAGACCGGCACAGUCUGGUAUCGUAGGGCUGUUGAGGGGCCAGGGCGGCCCGCCUGUUGCUAAUAUUUCUUCCCCUCCUAUGGAAGCCGAAGCGAAACAGCAACAAGGAGAGCCCCUGGAUCAGGAUGAAGACGAUGACGAAGAUGAUGAGCAGGCGGAUGAAGGGGACGUGAAGAUUGAAUUGAAUCAAGAGUCAGAACCUAUUGUGCCCAAUUAUGAUGGAUUCAAAGCUCAUAUACGACGUCUCAACCCGGACAUGGAUUCAACUUGCAAUUGGCUUGUGAGCAGGAUUGCCCGUCAACAAGAAGUCCGAUAUAAGAACCUGCUCGAACUACGAGUAAAGCAUGCUCAGGCGGUAACGGCUCAUACCUGUCUCGCUGGACCUUUCUGCGUGGCACACGGUGGAAACGUUACUUUACUAAAUGCCCAAGGGAAUCCACGGGAGUCAGAGUUCAGUACAGCUGGGGCAGAAUUCUCUGACGAUUCAAAUCCAGGAGAAGGGGCUCUCACCGAAGAGAUCUUCCCUCCAGGAAUCCCAAUGCCUCCGGCUAGAAACCUCCCGGCCGAGUUUGAAUGUCAGUUAUGCUUCAAGGCUAAGAAAUUCCAGAAGCCAUCCGACUGGACCAAGCACGUCCACGAAGACGUUCAACCUUUUACUUGCACCUACGAAAAGUGUAAAGAACCAAAGUCGUUCAAGAGAAAGGCGGAUUGGGUGAGGCAUGAGAAUGAGCGCCACCGGCACUUGGAGUGGUGGACAUGCGAAUAUGAGGAUUGCAGGCGUACUUGCUACCGUAAGGAUAACUUCCUGCAGCAUCUUGUCCGCGAGCAUAAAUUCCCAGAACCAAAACAGAAGACGAAGGCUGCAAUCCAGCAGGCUCGUUCGACGGAACGAGCUUGGAUCAUGUUAGAGCGAUGCCGCCAUGAAUCCUCGAUGAAGCCACAGGACGACCCUUGCAAGUUCUGCAAUAAGACUUUCAACACCUGGAAGAAGUUGACGGUACAUCUUGCAAAACACAUGGAGCGCAUUAGUCUACCUGUCUUGCGGCUAGUAGAGGCAAGGAAUGUUGGUGCCGACACGAUCAUCAGCCCGGUCGAACAAACCCUCACGCCUGUGACACCCACGCCAGUUAAUAGGUCGAAUAUGGAGUCCACCACUCCGUUCCCUAUGGAUGAUGUUUCCCCGCAUACUCUCAUGGUCCCGCGUUUUCCAUCUGCCUAUAACCAGUCGGCCUACUUGUCAGCGACUGCAUCCCCAGCAACGUACGGCAUGCAUACACCCAUUCCGCAACAGCCUGCUUACGAUCCAAUUCCGAUGUAUCCGGGUGUAUUUGGUGAUGAAACCCGGGCGUUUGAUUCCUUAGACCUGCACGGUUAUGGUGACGUGAAUCAAGCUGGUAGAGGCGCACCGAUGGGCACAGGAUUCCCUCGCACACCGGCGAGGCAAUAUGGAGGCUUUGACUCUGAUUUCUCUCGCAGCUUGUCAGAGCAAGGCUACAAUACUCAUCGAUCGCCUGCGUAUCCGAUGGCACAAAACUAUGCUGCAGGCUCUCCAACCAUAACCCCGGACUACCAGACCCCCAAUUCGCUGGGCAUCACGCUUCCCGGGUACGGGUUUGGUUCGGCGCCUAUGAAUUAUAGCCAAGGUCCCCAAUAUGUACCGAUGAGUCGAGCGCAGGGAAGCGUGUCGUCGUAUGGGCGUUCGCCGAGGAACUAUCCACAGAAUAUGCCAUAUUACGGGCCCUCUUCAUGAACCAUCUUCGAAAUUCUAUGCUAUUCUUUUGGAGUUUUAAGAGCCGGCGUAAACUGUUUGGUUGGCAUAUAGACAUGUUUCGGUUUGCUUCUCCUAGUUGUUCGUACGAAUACCACGACGUACGCGUCAUGUCUUUAUGUUGAUGAUGAUGCAUUGGGACGUAGGAUAUAGUAUGAAUGCAUUCCAACG